CACACCCUAUGUGGGAGCUGCUGCACAUCCGAUGCGGGCGGGCCCGACACACAGACAUUACACUCUGCUGGUUUACACAGCUAAGCGUGUUGCAGGUUGAGAGCCGGAGCCGGCAUAGGCCCCCAGGGGCCACAGGCUUCCGUCUCCCACACACAACAUGGAGGGUCCGGAGGCCAGGGACCCGGAGAGAGAGGAGAGGUACGCCAGGCUCUUCCAGCAGAUGGACUCCAACCAAGAUGGGCAUGUGGAUAUCAACGAGCUACGGGAAGGACUGGCAGCCCUGGGGAUGAGACCCUGCCACAAUGCAGAGCAAGAGAUCCUGCGAGCCGGGGACACUGAUCAGGACGGACAGCUGGACUUUGAGGAGUUCACACGAUACCUCGAGGAGCGAGAGAAACGCCUGCUCAUCAUGUUCAACAGCUUGGAUCGCAACAAUGAUGGUCGCAUCGAUGUCUCCGAGAUACAAGAUUGUUUUCACGGUCUCGGGGUCCAUAUCACGCUGGACCAGGCCCAAAAAAUCCUGCAGAGCAUGGACCGCGACGGCACGCUGACCAUCGACUGGUUGGAAUGGAGGGAUCAUUUCCUACUAAAUCCGCUGCACAAUAUGGAGGAUGUGGUCACUUACUGGAAGCAUUCCUCUGUCCUGGAUAUUGGAGAGUCGCUGGCCGUUCCAGAUGAGUUCUCUCAGAAGGAGAUUCGUUCGGGGACAUGGUGGAAGCAGCUUCUCGCAGGAGGAGUGGCUGGAGCGGUGUCGAGGACAGGUACUGCCCCCCUGGACAGGCUGAAAGUCCUCAUGCAGGUCCACGGAUCCAAAUCUCGGGGGCUCUCCAUGCUGAGAGGUCUGAAGGAAAUGAUUGAGGAAGGGGGGAUUCGCUCUCUCUGGCGUGGAAACGGAAUAAAUGUCCUGAAGAUCGCGCCCGAAUCUGCCAUCAAAUUCAUGGCGUACGAGCAGAUUAAGAAAUUAAUCCGGGGACAGCAUGAAACGCUGAGGGUCAGAGAGCGGUUCAUCGCUGGGUCGCUGGCUGGCGCCAUAGCUCAGACUGUGAUUUAUCCUAUGGAGGUGCUCAAGGUGCGUCUGGCUCUCCGUCGGACUGGUCAGUUCAAAGGGAUGUCAGAUUGUGCCCGGCAAAUCUUGCGCACAGAAGGGAUCAGAGCAUUCUCUAAGGGCUACCUACCAAACCUACUGGGGAUUGUGCCAUAUGCCGGAAUUGACUUGGCAGUAUAUGAGACACUGAAGAACACCUGGUUACAGAGGUACCGAGCGGGCACUAGCGCAGACCCUGGAGUGCUUGUGUUAUUGGCGUGUGGCACAGUGUCCAGUACAUGUGGGCAAAUUGCCAGUUACCCGCUAGCCUUGGUCAGGACGCGCAUGCAGGCGCAAGCCUCGGUGCAAGGCUCUCCUCAGCUGUCCAUGCUGGCUCUGUUCCGUUACAUCGUGACGCAAGAAGGGGUCCUCGGCCUCUACCGGGGGAUCGCUCCCAACUUCAUGAAAGUGAUACCGGCCGUCAGCAUCAGCUACGUGGUGUAUGAAAACAUGAAACGCGUGCUGGGUGUGACCAGUCGGUGAUGAGGUGAAAUGCCCACGGCUCGCCCCGGCCUCUUCAGAGACGCAACAAGACCUCGUCAGAAUCCCAUUGAUUGAGAGGCAUUGCCCCAAAUGUCAUUGUUAACCACUACAAACCCACCGCGUUCUGCAGUCUGACUUGCCCCCAGACCAGCUUUUCUCCACGUGGGGUGCCCAAUAGCCCACACCUCCAUAUCAUCCACUUCCACCCUGGGCUUAUUGUUUGCACUGAUCUCCUGCCUUUCCUUUUUUUAUGGGGCCUCCCGCUUGAUACUGCCACAUUUUCCCUGCAAGGACUUUUUGGGGUGCUGCGUCGGAUACUGACUUUCGUGGAGUCCUGUGUUAUACUGCAUCCUCGCCCCUGGUCCCGGAUGGACAAUGAUAGCCAUUUGAUAAUGAUUGUACAUUUGGCAUGUAGUUUUUGGAUGGCUGUAGGGGAAGGAGGUGAUACCCCCCUUGAGGCGGCUUUCUUCAAUCAUCUGAAUGUAACUCUCCAUAGACUGAAUGUAGACUUUCUCUCUGUAGCCACAGUGCAUUUAUCAGGUCAAGCCAUCUGUACGCCGGAGACUUAUUCACGUCAGCGAAGAUCUUCCAGUCCCGUCCGUCGCCUGCCCCCCAUUUUCCUGCUGACGUGACUAGCUCUUCCUUUAACGAGUGUCACAAGAUGAUGUUCUUUGGUUUUUAGCCUGUCCUAUAAGUGGGUUUCAUUUGAAUGUAUUUAUUGGGAUGCGUACGAGAUGACGUUGUAAGGUUAUAGAACAGAAAGUUAUUAUUUAUAGCUGAGUCGCCGAGUACAAAUUCUGCUCCCCCACAAUCUACGCACACAUCUCCUUCCAUAAUGCUACAAUGCUCCUCCCACAAGAUGAGGAUUUAUAGAUCUCUGCAGAACAUUUCACCACAAUCUGCUUGUGAUGGGUGGAGAUGCUGUUUGUUUGCAGAGCAUUUCAUCACAGUCUUACUGAUCCUAUAUCCCUGCAAAGCAUAGCUUUGCUGUUUGUAUAUUCUGGGUGGAGGGCUGCACUGAAAGUGAAGAUCUGCAGAGCAUUGCACUGAUGUAUUUUUAUUAAGGAUAGAGUGUACACUGAUACUAUAUAUCUGCAGAGUAUUGCACUGCUGGCUGUGUACUUUGGGUAGAGACCUACACUGAUAGUAUAGAUAUGCAGAGCAUCACACUGUUGCCUGUGAAUUUUGGGUUAAUAUCUACAUGGUUGCAGAGCAUUGCACUGCUGUCUGUGUAAUGUGGGUGACGAUCUACACUGAUACUGUGCAUUUGCAGAGCAUCGCACUGCUGGCUGGGUAUUGUGGGUGGAGAACUGUACUGAAAGUGAAAAUCUGCAGAGCAUUGCACUACUGCCUGUGUAUUAUUGGUAGAGAUUUACACUUUUACUGUAUAUUUGCAGAACAUUGCACUGCUGCAAUGUAUUAUGGGUAGAGAUCUACACUGAUACUGUAUAUCUACAGAGUAUUGCACUGCUGCCUGUGUAUUAUGGAUGACGAUCUACAAUGACGCCGUACAUCUGCAGAGCAUUGCACUCUUGCCCGUGUGUGAUGGGCGAAGAUCUACACUGAUUCUGUAUAUUUGCAGAGCAUUGCACUGCUGCCUGUGUAUUAUUGAUACUCUCUGUCUGCAGAGCAUUGCACUGCUGUCUGUUUAUUAUGGGUGAAGAUCUAUGCUGAGUAUUUGCAGAGCAUUGCUCUACAUUUCCUGCACGUGUAAUUCUUCACCAAUACAAGAGGGCUGUAUAUAUAGCUACACUACUGACAUGUAUUUCUAUGCUGAAUAAACACAGUUUCAGAUAGCCCA